GAAACCGAGGCUGCAACGUCAUGCUAAACUCAAAACCUCACCCUGACGAGCGAAGCAGCAUUAGGGAGAGGCACAGCCAGAUUGGAGCACUAGAGAUAACUGUUGACAGCAGACACAGUGCAUGAUGCGUGAAUACAAGUUAGUAGUCCUUGGCUCUGGAGGUGUGGGCAAGUCUGCUCUGACGGUGCAGUUCGUUCAAGGGAUCUUCGUGGAGAAGUAUGACCCCACAAUAGAAGACUCGUACAGAAAGCAAGUGGAGGUGGAUGGGCAGCAGUGCAUGCUUGAGAUCCUGGACACUGCAGGGACGGAACAAUUCACAGCCAUGAGGGACCUCUACAUGAAGAACGGCCAGGGCUUUGCGCUAGUGUACUCCAUAACAGCACAGUCUACAUUCAAUGACCUGCAGGACCUCAGAGAACAGAUCUUACGAGUCAAAGACACCGACGACGUGCCGAUGAUCCUGGUGGGGAAUAAGUGUGACUUGGAGGACGAGCGUGUGGUGGGCAAGGAGCAGGGCCAGAACCUGGCUAGACAGUGGAGCAGCUGUGCGUUCCUCGAGUCCUCCGCCAAGUCCAAGAUUAACGUCAACGAGAUCUUCUAUGACCUGGUCCGGCAAAUCAACAGGAAAACCCCAGUGCCGGGGAAGGCGCGCAAAAAGUCCAACUGCCAGUUGCUCUAAUACACAGCUGUCCCGCCGCUCUGAGCCAGGUCUGAUUUGCUGCUGUCUCUCAGCAGUGCCAGCAUUCCGACGUUACUAAAAAACCCCUAACAUCUGACGGACUCUCCUGUGUGCCGAUGCCCCUUUAACCAACCAAGAACCGACGAAGCAACGGACUCAAAACUACAGUACCAUGUCAGUUUUUGCACAUAGAUAACCAUCAUCCCUUUCCAGUAUCGCGAGAGAGAUUUUUACUUAUAAAUAUAUAUAUUCUAACUGUAUGCAACUGAAAUGAGGAAGACAAAACAAUUAUGUGGAUACCUAAAUAAGUCAUGAAAUAGAUACAAAAAUGAUUUGAAACAAUCCAGAGCCUACAACCCAGUGUUACUGCUAAAUGCAGACAAGCCGUUGAAAACCAUUAAAAGAUAAAACAAACGGUGUCUUAAACCAGACUGUGCACGUUGCCAUGGUGAGUACAAUGAUGCGAUAGUUCUGAGCACCACUAUUUUAGCCAGAGAAGAGAGUAAGUCCAAAGAGCGCCUAUAUAGCCCAUGUCAUACCGCAGUCUAUGCUCCUUUGGUUUCUUUUUGUAACUUGUUUUGGUGUUUUUUCCUCUUUCUUUCGUUUUGUUAUUUUUUUUUUAUGUUACUAGAUUUCGUCUACCAAGAUGCGAUGUUGUAACACUUAUCAAUAUGAGUUUUAUCUUAGGAAAAAAAAAAAACCUGUGGAUACAAUACAGUGAUAUAUGUGUAAAAAGUAUAAAAAUAUAAUAUGAUUUUUUUUUUUUCUGUCACUAUCAUAUUGUCUUUAGCCUAAAGAUGUCGCCUUCAAAUAUGUGUUAGUUUAUUUUUUUCUUUCUGAAGAAUCCAACUCAUUAGAAAAAAAAUGGAAUCCAUCUUUGACUUCACGCCUGGGUUUCUUUGUCGUGUUUACAAAGAUGUUUGUACAGUGGGUUUUUUUUCCAUGAGGGGUCUGUCUCUGGGGACAUGGCAUUUCAAUGCAAGACUUGGCCAAGCAGGCCCUGAUGUCACCACAUAGAACUUCCAAGCGAGCUCUGAUUGGUCCUUGCAAACAAAUAAUCCAUUACGCCCUAGUCUCAGACUCCCUCAUCUACAACAGGAAGUAUAUAUUUUAAAACAAGGGUUUUUAAUAUAGACUAAAUAAAAAAAAGGAACAAAAUGUCAUCAUUUCCCCUACUUCUGUUGCUGUAGAUUCUCACUGUACCCCCCCCCCCCCCCCCAAAAAAAAUAUCUUCCUCCCCCCACCCAUUUGCCUGCUAAUGCAUCUCUUGUAAACUAGGAUAUGAAAACCAAAUACUGGACCCUGUCAGUAAAGAAAAAAAAACGACUUGCCUGUUAGUGACUGUUUCACCCUGUGUAAUAUUUGGUUUGACCAGUUUUCCUGUUGGCUGAGUUUCUGUGUGGGGUAUGUAGCGAUGGUUGGGGGGAGGGGGAGAACAUGUGUUUUGAGAGCACGGAGAGAGAGAAAACAGAAUUUUAAAAAAAGAAAAGAAAAGAAUUCAACUGUAAUGGAGUAAUCUGACUCGGGGGAGCCGAAGAGAGGGCCGACGUCACCUGAACUCGCCUCUCUUCUGUGUCCCGUUAAAACAAAAUGCUUUUGUUGCUUUUGUGUGCGUUAACAAAGAAAAAAAAAAGACAAAAAGAAGAAAAAAGGAAGAAAAAAUUACGAACAGCCUCCUUAACGUUGAAAUCAUGUGUAAAGAUCUUGUCUCUACAGAGCUCCAGUAUUUGAAAUUCAACAUCAUCUGCUUCUGUGGGUGGGUGGGGGUCGGGUGGCAGGGGGAGGGAACUAAAGGGACGGGUAGCCAAAUGUAAACUAAAAAGCCUUAAUUAAAAGUGGUGCAAUUUUGUAUAACUGAGCAUCUGUAGUUCAAUAAAUUGGAUUGCCAUGCAAGGGCUUGUGAGAGCCAGUCCACCACUUGAAUGUUUUGUGUAUUGUUUCAACAGUUCUGCCAGUCCAAUAAAUAAAACAAAAAUGUUGGUUUAAUAA